UUCUUCUGUGCGCAUGCGCAGUUCAUAAAUGUCCAGUAGUGGAGGCAAUUUUCGAGAUCUAUUAUCUAACUGGACCACAACAGAAGUUGUUUUGAAUUAUAAUAAAUUAAACAGAGGAGCCGGUAAAUCUAAAGAGUCGUGCAAUGCAACAAUGGAAGAUUUUUUAAAAAUUGACUGGAAUCCGCCGACGAGUGACGUUAUUGACAAUGAAUUUAUUAAUCCCGAUAGGUUAGAAAAUACAAGUGUUAUGUAUAAAAUUCUUCAGGGAACGUUCACGGAUCCUAUGAAAGAUGCUCACAAAUAUUACAUGAAAGAUGUGACACUUGAAGAAAUGAAUUCUUUGAAAGCUCUGAAAGUAAAGCAAAGUGUUGAGAGAAAAUUACAGUCACGUAAAAAUCAAUCAGAAGAAACUUCCUGUGAUCGUGAUGAUAAGAAUUUCACUAAAAAAUUUGAAAAAUAUGUACCUGGAGCAAAAAGACCAAAUAUUAUAUUCCCAAGACCUUCUAGUCUGACUGCUGAGCAGCAUGCGCUUUGUGUACGCGUUUAUAAAACUUUAUCAUCACCUGGGACAUCUGAACAAUCUGGCGGGUUAAAAAGUCAAGAGUUGCAGACGAUUGUAAGUCUUAAAAGUUUGAUUGAUGAAGAGCAAAAAAUUUACUUGGAUUUAUGUAAGCAAAAUUGGAAAUCAACGUACAUUAAAUUGAUACGUGAAGAUCUUAUUAAUGACAAAUGGAAUAUAAAAUUAAAAACAGCUCGUCAACUUCAUAGAUAUUAUUUAGAAGCUGGAAACAUUCCAUUUACUUCGGAAUUGAAUAUUACUACUGCUUUUAAUUCAACUGUAGCUGAUGUGGAAAACUUGCCAGUGCUAUUGUUACCAAAUCCAGACCGUCGUUAUGUAUUUAAUACUCAGUCAAAACUCAUCGAAUCGAGAUAUUUAAAAAUUAAAAAGUCACAUUCAGUAUUUUUAGGAGAAAUCGAUAGUAAUUUUGAACAAUUAGCACAGGCUCAUGAUGUCGACUUAGUUAUAACAUCAUCUGGAUUAAAUUGUCUGGCUACUAAUAUCGAUCCAUCUUAUUCACAUAAUUGGAUCCUCCCGGUCGAAGUCAAAGAAUUGAAUAAUAAAAAUGUUGUUUUUAUCGGCAAACCUUUACCACCAACGGCUAAAAACGCUUUACAAAAAAAUACAUGGAUUUUUAAGUACAUUCUCAGGAGUUCAUUGCUAGUUGUUGAUAAUUCUUUGCUUAAUUCACAAGACCCAGUAUUAGAGUCUGCACACCCGAGCUAUCAGGAUCCUGAUAAUAAUCAUAAGACCAAUGAAGAUGAAGGUGAUCAAUCAUGGCACAAUUAUCAGUAUAAUAUUUUUACAAUCGGCGCUUGUGGUUCGUCACAAAAUGAACUGCUAAAAAGUAAAAUUGAAAAGGAUUACAAAAUAUUAGUACGGUCAAAAAUUGAUGGCAUUGAGAGAUUGAAAAAUGGUGAAAUCAAUCGAAUUAAGAUCGCACCUAAACUAGAACAUCAAGUUGCAUUGGGUGCUGAGGCUGUCACACUAGAGGAAGCAUCAAAACAAUGGAUUUCCUUGGCAUUCACACCCGACACAACUCUUCUACGAGUUCGUGCAGCAGCAUUCAACGCCGAGUACAUCCAACUAGAAAGACGUUCAGCAAAUGCUAUAAACAAUGAAAUAAAUCGUCUUUACAGCGUAAAAGGCGAAGAUUCUUAUUCUAUAAUAUAUAAUAUCGUUGAACAUAUGACUAAAAUGUCACCAGGACGUUAUGUUUUAAGACAUACUGCUCGCCAUGGAGCAUUCGUUAAUAUUUACAAAGAAACUCCAAAACCUGGAAAAAAUACAAUUGAUCUAGAAGCUGUUUUUUGUGACGACGAAUUCCAAACCAUUCCUAAUCCCCCGUGGCCGUUGAUUGACAAACUCGUACUGACACCAGCAUUAAUUUGUUUCCAACGUAUGCCAGCGAUGUUUUAUCCAUCAAAAUUCACACCAAAGCCUCCACAAAAAAAGAGCGCUCGUGGACGGAAGAAGAAAAAUAACUGAUCUAAUUAUUAUUACAUUACAAAUUUAUUACUUUCGAUAUUGACUUCAAUUAAUUUAUUUAAAAAAAAAAAUAAAAAACUCAAUUAUUGACAGUCGAAAAAUUUAUACACGUUCAUAUAAUUUGGAAUAGAUAAAAUGUAUAUAAUAUGUCAGUA